GUAACUCGUGCAUAUAUUACGGACCAAUGUGUAGUAACAUAGUAUAUCUUCAAAACAUCAUAUGAAUGUCUUUUCUAGAAUCUGGUGAUCUACCAUAGAUUCUUGUACACACAUAAAAGAGUAGGGUGAAUAAAAGGCUUUCAUAAAAGCAAUGAUGAUUCCAGUUGAUGAGUUGCAAUACUCAGCAAAGUAUGAUGACGGAGAGUAUGAAUAUAGACAUGUCAUCAUUCCAAGAAAGUAUGUUGACUUAAUACCAAAAACACAGUUAAUGACAGAAACAGAGUGGCGCAAUAUUGGUAUUCAGCAAUCUCCUGGAUGGAUUCAUUAUAUGUUUCAUGCUCCAGAACCCCAUGUGCUAUUGUUUCGAAGAAAGCUAAGCAAUGCACCUCUAACAAAUGCUACAAAUCGUAUGAGAUAAGUUCAAAGUAAUUGUAACUUAAGUUGAAAGAUUUCUAUUUAUAUUGAUUAGAUUGUUGUAAAUACUCGUGAUACCCUGCGUGAUAGUAUCUGGAUGAUUGUAUGACAGCAUUUGGAUUUUAUCUUAUAUUUUAAUGUAUAUAGUAUUUUUAUUUCUUUCAUUUCAAAGAGCGUAAAUAGUUAAGAA